AUGCCUUCCGUAGAUAUCAAGCAGAUCGUCGACACCAAGCCCUUGGCUUUCACCAUCAAGACCGGAGGUGGUCGAUGGCAAUGCCAGAUACACAAGGACAGAGCCUCAUAUGAGCGCGCUCGCGUCGUCAGAGCCCCCGGGAUCUCACGUACCGACUCCGGCCUCUCGACCUCGUCAACCUCAUCGACGAGCUCAAAAGCGUCUUUUUAG